AGCUAACCUCUCGGUUUUACGGUUCCACUGUACUGUACUCUUGCUUAUUUCUACAAAAGCCCCCAACCCACCAUCUCCCCAGUUGUCGGUGCCGCUUUACUUCAGUUCGUUACGUUCUGAACAACGAACAAGGCCUCAGGCUUUGGAGACGAAAGAACUCAAGGUUCUUUACACCAAACACUUCCUCGUUCCUAGUGGUGCAAAAGAUUUAUGCAUUCUCUGCUCGUUUGACGUUUCGCAUAUUAAUUACUGCGGCAUCAUAUAUCCACAUCAGUUUUCACACUUGGUGGGUGUAUCAACUACAUACCUAUCUUAACCUCUUCCUCGUUGAACAUAUUUAUUUCAAGAUCUGCAAUCGAUUCGUGGUAUUUAGACGCGUUGCUUGCAUGCGCAAAAUGCUACUAUGUAUCAAACAAGCAGACCAGGAUGGAGCGAGUGGUCUAGGUGGAUAUGGAAUCCAGACUACCAGCAAUAUUAUCGCCAGAGAGUAGACGCUGCCGGCAACUCGGAUAUUCAAUGGCAGAGCGAAUAUGAGUCUGCUCAGAAUAGAGAAGUGCCCCGAACUCCUGUGCAAGUCCCUGCACAAGUUCAACAGAUGGACCAGAUGGACCAGGUGACCCAGCAGUUUGGUUCAGUCAAUAUACAGAGCCCUGAACAAGCGGCUGGAGACGAGCACGACAAUAAUGAAUAUGUCACGGGCGGCUCAUCGUCGAGAGUAAAAUCCAAAUCAUCGAGGUCGCAUAGCAGUUCAUCAAAGUCGAAAUCGAAACCGUCCAAGUCCUCUAGUGGGAAAGGCAAGGCAACCGCUCAGGAAGCCAUUGACGAGGUCGAUGAACACGGUUAUGAAAACCGUCAUAGUCAACGGAGACCAUCUGCAUCUGCAACCACUCAGCAAACAGAACAAACUUAUUAUGACCCGAAUACUGGCCAGUAUUAUAUAUUACCACAAGCUACUCAAGGAGAUUCUGCAUCCAACCAGCCUUAUCCAAGCGGCUCAGCCGAGGGGGAAGACCCAGAGCUUCAGGCAGCCCUUGCUCAAAGUCGACAGUAUUCGCGAGAUCAAUACCGAGGUGGCGAGUCGUCAUCUGCUGCAUACACCCCUUACGAUGAGGAAGAGGAUCCCGGGCCAGCUGUGGCCUCCACCAACCAAGAGCACAUCGUAGGCACUGGUGGCGAAACAGAGACUCUAGAUCCACGGUAUCGUGUUGCACAGUCUCAUAUGUUCCAACCCGGCGAGGUCUUCAAAGUCCUCUGGCCGGAGCCAGCAGGAGGAGGCAGUGUAGUUGAAGAAACGGUCUAUCGCGACCGGUACGGCGGUCAAAUAUUUGUUCAUUUUCGUCGGUUCAUCGUAGUCGCAAACGAUCGUGGCCACUGCACUUGCAUACCUAUCUCUACCUAUGGUAAGAAAGGCUGUAAAAAGAGUGGCGUCAAGGCUGAACAACACGGAAUCGUUGUUGAAAGUAGCAAUCGAAACCCUACCGCCCUACCUGGCGAGCCAGAGCUUGGAUAUCCUCCUGUUCGUGUGCACAUCCACGAGCCAGAUGAGCGAAUCGCAAAAGAGUCCCGAGUUAAUUACUCAAAACUCACGACGGUGGAACAUAACGUCAAGGUGCUCUUCAUCGGUCGAGUGGUGACCUCAGAUUGGGAUAUUGUCACUGAAGCGGUCAACACUAGCUGGGCAAAGAAGACGCAUGUAAAGAAGAGGCAUCGCAGACCAUGAUCCUGCGAAGAGCUCUAACAUUCACGUUUUAUGGUGCCUGUGUAAGCAGGUCCCUACAUCGGGUGUCAUCAAUGACACCUGCAUAUAUACGUUCCUCAGGAGCUGCCAGCUUUUCUGGCAUGCACCUGCGAAACUUGUCUCGGCAACUUCGCAAUCCCGAGACAGAUACGGUAGUCAU